GCCCUAAUGCUAACGAUGAGUCACUGACAUUUAUUUACGAUUCGUGGAUUCCAAGAUGGCGGGCAUCUGCCAUUAUAAGCCACGCCCAACAAAAAAAAAGAGAUAGUAUGAGCAAAAAUAGAAAAAGACUUUUAAGGACUAAUACUUGCUUAUAACAACUUCUAAGAAAAUAUUCUCCAAUAUAACCCAAUUGUUUAACCCGGUUUUCCAUUUUAACACAUGGCGCGAUUUUCUUCGAUACUUAAACCUUCUUCGGCUGCCACUGGUUUCGCACUCGUAAAAUUUUCCGGGUCAACAACACCGCUACACGGUUUUACCAUAUUCUUCCUAUUCACUCGCGUCUUAAAAUAUUCAAUAUUCGCUGAUUAUCACUUUUAGUCGCUCCGAGGUACCCUCGCAUCCGACAAUUCACCAUCAUCAUCAUCAUCAUGUAACUGUUAAAUCCGCACCGCUCGGUUAUAUAAACCAGAAAUUUAAAUAAAUAAUAACCAAACGCAAUAAUGCCGUUGUUCCGGCCACGGUCGCGAAAAUGACGAUUUUUUUGCGAAUUUUAAUUUUCUCGGUGGUUUCUGGUCGGUUUUCUCGUUGUGAUAAUGCGGACCUUCACGAGUCGAUGUCCGAUCCCGAGUUGAUGUUUUAUUUUCAAACUACUGAUAAAAAUGUGUUGCCGGAGUAUGAGGUUUUAUAUCUACCGGUCGAAUCUUUACGGGGUGAUCAUACAGGGGAGGAAAUCGAGUAUAAGUUUAACGCUUUCGACAGGCCAAUUGACUUAAGACUAAGAAAAAACGAGGCAAUACUAACCGAAUCUUUCAAGAGCUACCUCCACGACGAAACGGGCAUUAAAUUACUCAACGCCACCCCUUCGGACUGUCACUACUUACACGAAGACCCCGACUUAGUGGCCGCUUUGAGUAUUUGUAGCCCUAAAACGGUCCAUGGUUUGAUAUUUACGGAUAAUGCCACCCUGGAAAUCCAGCCGUUAACCCCAAAAUUGAGAAGGAUAUCGAAGAGGAGCGCGUCCAAGAAGGACGUGGUACCGCAUAUCGUCAAACGGGCCAAGUUUACCAGUGAUUUUUUGGUCGAUGAUCUGUUUCCCAUAGCGGGUUCGAUUUGGUCCCAAAAAGAGGCGACCUUGGCCAGCAGCAUCGAGGACGUCCUGGACAAAGAAAUUUUCGAAGAAAAUUCCGGAAAUUUCCAGGCCCGUGCGCAAACGUUAACGGUCGAACUGGCGCUAUUUUUCGACGAAGCCGCUUACAAAAUUUUCGCCCCUUAUUUUGGUUACGACGAGAAAAAGUUGCAGAAUAUGCUUCUCGCUUACGUCAAUGGGGUUCAAGCCCUGUAUCACCACCCGAGCUUGGGAAAGAGCUUAGAACUGGUCCUGGUGCGCCUGGACAUAAUGAAAAGGCAACCGAGGGAGAUGCCCCACUAUAGCGGCGAAAGAUCUCAGCUACUGGAUAGCUUUUGCGAGUACCAAGCCAGUAUUAACCCCAAAAGUGAUUCCGAUCCGGAACAUUGGGAUAUGGGGCUGUACAUUUCCGGCCUGGACUUCUUCGCUUACGAAAACGGCCGAAAGAGCGGAGUUACCAUGGGUCUGGCCACAGUGGGGGGCGUAUGUCUGGAGAAAUACGCCUGCAUAAUUGCUGAGUUCGGCACCACCAACGUCUUUGGGAAACCUUACCCCAGUGCGGGAUUUACCAGCGUGUACAUCUUGGCCCACGAAAUUGGCCACAAUUUAGGGAUGCACCACGACAGCAGCGGCAACGGCUGCUCCAAAGAGGGAUACAUAAUGUCCCCGUCGAGGGGCACCAACGGGGAGACCCAGUGGUCCACUUGCAGUGCCCAAAUAGUGGCCAAAUUAGAUUGGGCCAAGUGCCUCAAAGACGUGGCGAAACCGCUACGAGGCAAAGACCACUCCCGUUUCCUGGACAUCCCGGGCCGCAUCUACACCUCCAAGAAACAAUGCGAGAUUCUCCUGAGGGACAAAGACGCCGUGAUGUCGCCCAGUCAGAAGCAAAGUGACGUCUGCUACAGUUUACAAUGCAAAACUCCCAACAGAAGCGGUUAUUAUUCGGCCGGACCGGCUUUGGACGGGACUCCUUGCGGUUCCGGAAAGUACUGCUACGGAGGCCACUGCAGCUCCAAACAACCUCCUCGGCCGGUGAAGGUCAUUUCCGGGGGAUGGAGUAAGUGGAGGGAAGGCACUUGUACCUCCGGAUGCAUUGAGGGAUCUAAAGGGAUCAAGAUUAGCAGUAGGGAGUGCAAUAAUCCGCCUCCCCAGAAUACGGAUCAGGGCUGCGAGGGGUCCAAUAAGCAGGUUAACAUUUGUGCGGAUACAAAUCUGUGCCACGGUAAGAGAAAGACCCCAGUGGAGUUUGCAUCGCAAAAAUGCCAAGAGUUCUCUCGAUUAUUACCCGAGUUGGACCCCACCGGGGUGGGUCUACAAGCCCCACACGAAGAAGGGCGGGUCUGGACCAGCUGCGCGAUUUUCUGCAAACGCAAAGACUCCGCCGCCUUCUACACCCCCCGGAUCGAGCUGAACGACCUGGGAGUGUCCGCGUACUUCCCAGAAGGCACCUGGUGUCACAAGGACUCCGCCGGCAUGAAUUACUUCUGUAUGCAACGCCACUGUUUACCGGAGGUGUUCAAGUUCUCGAAGAAUCCCAUCGGGAUUUUGGACGAUAUUCCGUUCGCGCAGAACGCUCGCCCCAACAAGCCGAUCAUUCCGGCCCAUUUGAAGAAUUAUUUCGCGUUGAGCCCCAACGGGAGGCCCAUCUUGACCUCGUUCAAGAGCGUGGGGUCCCAGUUCACUGAUGAUAAGGAAGAGUGGGAGACGAAGGAUUACGUGGAGCUGCCCAGUGUGGAGAAGAGAUUUCAGUCGUUGAUGCAAGAAGUCAAUGAUCUCGAUGUGUUUUAGUGAUCUGUUUUUUUUAUUUAUUUAUUAUAAAUAUGUUUUUUUUUAAAUAUAACUGAUACAAGAAA